AAAGUGGUACGUUUGUUAAUAAUUUUCAAAACUUGAUUUAUAUGUCCUAACUUUAUUUGAUCAUGACUAUUCGGUUACGCGCGACUAUGAUUUAAAGCAAAGAAGAAAUACACUAUGUUUAAUCAUUGAUUAAAAACAUUAAAGGGAAACCUCUGUAAAUAUGUCGCGCGAAGUAAAUAACAGUCUUAAUCUAUUGAUUGAAGGUUUGGGUUUAGAUUCAGAGGGGAAAGAUUUCUGUGACUUUACAAUAGCAGAUCAAAACUCAGUAGCAGAAUCUCAAGGAAUUACGCCUACUACUCCAUCUAAUUUCAAACCGGUACUUGGCGGCAACGUCACCUACGUCGUUGCUUGUGUUAUUAUAAACGAGUUCAAUGAAGUACUUAUGAUGCAAGAAGCAAAAGAAAGCUGUGCUGGGAAAUGGUAUUUACCUGCUGGCAGAAUGGAAAAAGGAGAAACAAUUGUACAGGCUGCCGUAAGAGAAGUGUUAGAGGAAACUGGUCUUCAGUGUGACCUCAAAACUUUACUUGUUGUAGAAACCGCUGGGGGUUCCUGGUACAGGUUUGUACUUACAGGAGAAAUUAUUGGAGGUGAAUUGAAAACACCAGCAAGAGCUGACAAAGAAUCAUUACAAGCUAAAUGGAUAUCUAGUUUAGAAGAAAUCACAUUAAGAGCUAAUGAUAUCAUACACCUAAUUGAAAAGGCUAAGCUUUAUAAACAAACAAAGCCUAACAAUUGGCAUAAAGAAAUUUUGCCUGCCUCCACACCUCAUACAAAAGAUUUGCUCAGGUUAAUAGUUGUGAUAAAAAAGAGAAGUACAAACAGAUUACAUGUACUACUUAGUGAAAAAACAUCAAUACAUUUCCCAACUUCUGAAAUAAAUCCUAAUAAAAGUCUACACUCCACUUUACGAAGAUUUAUGGUUGAAAUGUUUGGAGCAGAUGUGAGUCAACAUCGACCACUUGGUUUGCUUAACGUAGAGGCAGAUCCAAGUGCUGAUGGGUGUUGUCUCACACUCCUAGUUGCAUUUAGAUCUCCUCUUGAGGAAGUCCCUCUUAUCGGUAAAUGUGCUUGGCAAGAAGUAUCCCAAGAAUUGGAGAAAAAGCUACUUAUAAUGAUAACAAACAAAAAUUCCACUAUUGAGUUACAUGUUGUCCGUUAAAACUUAAACUAAAAAUAAAUAUUGGCUUAAAUUAUUACUUAUUUCCCUUAAUAAAACUAUUACUGAUUUUAUCAUAUUAAGCUACACUGUUUUUAUGUUCAUAAAAUUACAUAUAUAAUUAAUAAUUAAACUAAGUGUACUAAUCUAAUUUAACAAAUAAUAGUAUUCCGUCCAUUCUUAUAAGAUAUUUUAACUUAUUACACUAUGUUAAUAAUCUAAUACUUAAUAAAUGCUUUAUGUAGUUAUUACAUGUUUGCAUUACAUUUUAUUUUACAAUA